GGUUUGCCAAUUAAUUAACUACAAAUUCUUAUUAUUUUACCGACCAAUUUAUCAAAAGUGUCACUGAUAUGAUCUUGAUCCUGAUAUUAUCAUCACAAUUUCACAAAACAAAUCUUUGGACCUUUUGUUUCGUUUAGCAAUGGCAACAAGCCAGAACAAUCUCAAGGAUCUCCAAUGGCUUCUGGAUGCCAUCAAAUCCGAAAGCCUCAGCCUCCACAACAUCUCCUUCUACCUCUCUCAACCCUCUUCCUUCGGCUUCCAGGAAACCGAAAACUCCGUCAACAUCAACGUUUCGAACGACAGCCUCUCUUUCUUCUCCCACUUCCUCACAGCUUUAGCAACAUCCAAAACCAACCAACUUCUGAUGAACUUGGAGUUUCACCAGGUUCAGUGGGACGUGCAGCAGCUUCGCCAUCUUUCGGCGUUGCUUGAGAGUAGUUCGAGCAUCAAGCAAGUGGGGUUUCGGAGAAACAGAUUUGACAAACAAUGCUUGGCAGAGUUGUGUGAGAUCGUGAAGAGGAAUAGAGUGAUCAAAGAGAUUAUGUUUUCGGAAUCAGGUAUCGGGUUUGCUGGAGCCGGGUUUCUUGCUUCUGCGCUUAAGGUCAAUGAGAGCUUGGAGGAGUUGCAGAUAUGGGAAGACUCUAUUGGGUCGAAAGGCGCAGAGGAGCUCUCGAAGAUGAUUGAAGUGAACUCAACACUGAAGGUGUUGACAAUAUUUGACUCGAAUUCGAUCACUGCAACUCCACUUAUUUCUGCAGUUUUAGCAAGGAAUAGGUCUAUGGAAGUCCAUGUUUGGAGUGGAGAAAACGGAGAGAGAAGCUCGAAGGUGGUUGAGUUUCUACCCGAAAACAGCACGCUUAGGAUUUACAGGCUCGACCUUUCGGGCGCUUGCAGGGUUGCCUGUGCUCUCGGGUGGAACUCAACGGUUAAGUCCCUCGACCUUACUGGAGUGCGGUUGAAAUCAAGGUGGGCUAAGGAGUUUCGGUGGGUUUUGGAACAGAACCAGACCCUCAAAGAGGUAAACUUGUCUAAAACUUGGCUGAAAGAUAAGGGGGUUGUGUAUGUAGCAGCUGGACUCUUCAAGAACCAGAGCUUGGAGUGCUUGUGUUUAGAUGGGAACGCGUUUGGAGGUAUCGGAGUUGAGCAUUUACUCUGCCCUUUGAGCAGGUUCUCUGCCUUGCAAUAUCAAGCAAACAUUACUUUAAAAUCGGUAACACUUGGAGGUGGAAGAACCAAGAUUGGAAGGGAGGGGCUUGCAGCAAUUUUACAGAUGCUGACAACUAAUGAAAGUUUGACGCGGUUAGGGAUAUACGAUGAUGAGAGUUUAAGGCCCGAUGAUUUUGUUAAACUCUUCAAAAGCUUGGAGAAGAAUGCCAGCUUGAGACACUUGUCGUUACAGGGCUGCAAAGGCGUUCAAGGAGAGCAGGUUCUGCAGGCAAUCAUGGAGACACUGCAGGUAAAUCCUUGGCUUGAAAAUAUUGAUCUUGCAAGAACGCCGCUGCAGAAUUCAGGAAAGACGGAUGGGGUCUAUCAAAGACUCGGGCAGAAUGGGAAGCCUGAACCGGAAAUGGAUUUGCUUAAAGACAUGCCACUUACAGUACCAAAAAGUUGUAGAGUGUUCUUCUGUGGGCAAGAAUAUGCAGGUAAGACUACAUUGUGCAAUUCCAUAUUGCAGAGUGUCUCCUCUUCAAAGGUUCCGUAUGUGGACCAAGUACGAUCUUUAGUGAACCCGGUUGAGCAAGCUGUUCGAGCAGUUGGAAUGAAGAUUAAGACUUUCAAAGAUGAUGACAGCACAAAGAUUUCAAUAUGGAAUCUUGCUGGUCAGCAUGAAUUCUAUUCUCUCCAUGAUCUCAUGUUCCCGGGGCAUGGCAGUGCGUCAUUCUUUGUCAUCGUAUCCAGUUUAUUCAGGAAAACGAACAACAGAGAACCGAAAAACUCAAUGGAGAUAGAAGAGGACCUCCAGUACUGGCUCAGGUUCAUAGUCUCAAACUCUAGAAGAGCAGUGCAGCAAUGCAUGCUACCAAAUGUCACGGUUGUACUCACGCACUAUGACAAAAUCAAUCAACCGUCACAAAACUUACAGGUUGCAGUGAACUCGAUUCAAAAAUUGCGAGACAAGUUCCAGGGAUUUGUUGACUUCUAUCCAACAGUGUUCACAAUUGAUGCAAGAUCAUCGGCAUCAGUGAGUAAGCUCACUCAUCACCUUCUAAAGACAAGCAAGACAGUUCUCCAAAGAGUCCCAAGAAUCUAUCAGCUCUGCAAUGACCUGACACAAAUAUUAUCAGAUUGGAGAUCAGAGAACUACAACAAGCCAGCGAUGCAGUGGAAGGAGUUCAACGAGCUAUGCCAAGUUAAGGUUCCAUCAUUAAGAGUCCGAUCAAGACAUGAUAACAAAGAGAAGGUGGAAAUGAGGAGGCGGGUUGUUGCUACUUGCCUUCACCACAUAGGAGAGGUAAUUUAUUUUGAUGAGCUCGGGUUUCUGAUCUUAGAUUGUGAGUGGUUCUGCGGCGAGGUGCUUGGCCAACUAAUAAGACUAGAUUUAAGAAGUCGAAGCUCAAAUGAGAACAAUGGAUUCAUCAGCAAGAAAGAUUUGGAGAAGAUUCUAAGAGGAAGCUUGCAGAGUCCAAUUCCUGGAGUGGGUACGAAGGUAUUUGAGAACUUGGAUGCAACUGAUCUUGUGAGAAUGAUGCUUAAACUGGAACUAUGUUACGAACAAGACCCUUCAGAUCGUAAUUCUUUGCUGUUGAUCCCCUCCAUUCUUGAAGAAGGAAGAGGAAAGCCACAACGAUGGCAGUUAAGCAGACCGGAGUCCCUUUAUGCUGGGAGGCAUCUUGAAUGCGAUGAUUCCAGCCACAUGUUCCUCACACCCGGCUUCUUUCCUCGAUUACAGGUGCAUCUGCAUAACAGAAUCAUGGCCUUGAAAAACCAACAUGGAGCGACUUACAGCCUUGAGAAGUACCUGAUCUCGAUAACUAUCAAUGGAAUCUAUAUCAGAGUAGAACUGGGAGGACAGCUGGGUUACUACGUCGAUAUUCUUGCAUGCUCCACCAAGAACCUGACAGAAACCCUGAGGGUUAUCCAGCAGCUUAUAAUUCCAGCAAUUCAUAGCCUCUGUAACGGUAUCACCUUGACUGAAAAUGUCAUACGGCCAGAAUGCGUGCAAAAUCUCACUCCUCCAAGAUACAGGAAGACGCAAUUUGCGCCCUUGCAACAAUUAAAACAGGCAUUACUUUCUGUUCCUGCAGACAGCAUGUAUGAUUACCAGCAUACCUGGGAUCCAAUCUCGGACUCCGGAAGACAAAUUCUAGGACCUGGUUUUGAUCUGGCCCGAGACCUCCUAUCAGAUGAUGACUUCCGUGAAGUGCUCCAUCGGAGAUAUCAUGACCUAUACAACCUUGCUCAGGAACUGCAGAUACCACCUGAGAGCGACCCAGAGAACACAUUAUCCACAAGUGACGAGCCUGACAAAGUUGAUCCAACCUUCGGUGGAAUUGCCAAGGGGGUUGAAGCGGUUUUGCAGAGGCUGAAGAUCAUUGAGCAAGAAAUCAGAGACUUGAAGCAAGAGAUCCAAGGGCUGAGAUAUUACGAGCACAGACUCCUUGCGGAGCUUCAUCGCAAAGUGAAUUACCUUGUGACAUACAAUGUCCAAAUUGAAGAGAGGAAAGUGCCGAAUAUGUUCUACUUUGUUAGAACAGAAAACUACUCGAGGAGAUUGAUCACCAACAUGGUUCCUGGCAUGAAUGCUAUUCGACUGCACAUGUUAUGUGAAUUUCGACGAGAAAUGCAUGUUGUUGAAGAUCAAAUGGGGUGUGAACUGAUGCAGGUUGACAACAGGACCGUGAAGUCUUUGGCACCGUACACCACAAAGUUCAUGAAACUGCUUACAUUUGCUCUCAAGAUAGGAGCACAUCUAGCCGCUGGCAUGGGAGAAAUGAUACCAGAUUUGAGCAGGGAAGUCGCUCACCUGGCUGACUCUUCCCUCCUUUAUGGAGCCGCAGGGGCAUUGCAUGCUGGCGCAGUGGGAGCUGCAGCAAUUGGGCAGGGAAGGAACAGAAGUAGGGCUGCAGAAAGCUCAAGAGACAUCCAGCAAGAUCAAAGAACAGCACAACAAUGGGUUCUGGAUUUCCUAAGGGACCGGAAAUGCUCAACCGGAAAGGAUAUUGCCGAGAAGUUUGGUUUGUGGAGAGUGCGGUACAGAGACGACGGUCAGAUUGCAUGGAUCUGCAGGAGGCAUAUUAACCUCAGAGCACAUGAAAUAAUUGAAGUGCCACUUUGAGAUUAUGCAUCUAAAUUUCCCUUGAUGUUGUAAUGCAUAUUUUUCGAUAUUAUGCAUCUAAAUUUCCCUUUA